AUGGUCCCAGAGCCGGGGCCCUCCAACAACAGCACCCUGGCCUGGGGGUCGGGGCUGCCGGCGGCCGCGGGGGGCAGCGGCUGGGUGGCGGCCGGGCUGUGCGUGGUCAUCGCGCUGACGGCGGCGGCCAACUCGCUGCUCAUCGCACUCAUCUGCACGCAGCCAGCGCUGCGCAACACGUCCAACUUCUUCCUGGUGUCGCUCUUCACGUCGGACCUGAUGGUGGGGCUGGUGGUGAUGCCGCCGGCCAUGCUGAACGUGCUGUGCGGGCGCUGGGUGCUGGCGCGCGGCCUCUGCCUGCUCUGGGCCGCCUUCGACGUGAUGUGCUGCAGCGCCUCCAUCCUCAACCUCUGCCUCAUCAGCCUGGACCGCUACCUGCUCAUCCUGUCGCCGCUGCGCUACAAGCUGCGCAUGACGCCGCCGCGCGCCCUGGCGCUUGUCCUGGGCGCCUGGAGCCUCGCCGCGCUUGCCUCCUUCCUGCCCCUGCUCCUGGGCUGGCAUGAGCUGGGCCACGCGCGGCCGCCUGACCCGGGCCAGUGCCGCCUGCUGGCCAGCCUGCCCUUCGUCCUCGUGGCGUCGGGCCUCACCUUCUUCCUGCCCUCGGGUGCCAUCUGCUUCACCUACUGCAGGAUCCUGCUGGCCGCCCGCAAGCAGGCUGUGCAGGUGGCCUCCAUCACUACCGGCAUGGCCAGCCAGGCCUCGGAGACGCUGCAGGUGCCCAGGACCCCACGCCCAGGGGUGGAGUCGGCUGACAGCAGGCGUCUGGCCGCCAAGCACAGCAGUAAGGCCUUGAAGGCCAGCCUGACGCUGGGGAUCCUUCUGGGCAUGUUCUUUGUGACCUGGCUGCCCUUCUUUGUGGCCAACAUAGCCCAGGCCGUGUGCGACUGCGUCUCCCCAGGCCUCUUCGACGUCCUCACGUGGCUGGGUUACUGUAACAGCACCAUGAACCCCAUCAUCUACCCACUGUUCAUGCGGGACUUCAAGCGGGCGCUGGGCAGGUUCCUGCCAUGUCCCCACUGUCCCCGGGAGCGCCGGGCCAGCCUUGCCUCCCCCUCCUUUCGUACCUCUCACAGCGGCCCCCGGCCCGGCCUGAGCCUGCAGCACGUGCUGCCGCUGCCCCUGCCGCCGGACUCGGACUCGGGCUCGGGCGGCUCCUCAGGCCUGCAGCUCACGACCCAGCUGCUGCUUCCUGGGGAGGCCACCCGGGACCCCCCGCUGCCUACCAGGGCCGCUGCUGCAGUCAACUUCUUCAACAUCCAUCCCGCAGAGCCAGAGCUGCGGCUGCACCCACGUGGUUUCCCCACGAACUAACCCAGGCUUGGAGCUGGAUUAGAUGGAACUAAGUCUCUGGGGCCUCGGGCCAGCUCUUGGGUAAGAGCAGGAGGCUGCGGGUCUCCUCCGAGCUCCGGGGAGUACACAGGGCCAGCGCCUACUGCCCACUCCCGGGCCCUUUCCCGGACGGAUGACAGCGGACUCAGAUACAGCUUUCUGUAGAACGCCCCGGUGUGGACUGUAACCUGUGUGUACAGAGGACGGUUUGGAGGACUCAAUGUUGGGGAGAAGGACCUCUUGGUUCAGGUUAGGAUGAAAACAAUCAUGUCCUUUGCCCACGCCUCCAUCUGCAGAUGGGAUCAGUGGUCGCCGCGCCCCUCACCACCCCCAGUGUAGUCAAUGGACCAUCAUCAUCAUCGCCACCUCCUGGGAAUUUGUUCAAAGUGCACAUCUCCGCCCCACCCCACACCUGCUGAAUCGGAAUUGCCUGUUAACAAGAUCCCCAGGUGAAUCGUGUGCGCAUUACAGUUGAGAUGUGCUGGUGUAGGUGGUCUUUAACCCUGAGAAUGAUGCGCUGGCCGGUUUUCAGGUGUGCCGGCCCCUCGGCAUGUGCGUGGCAGCACAGAAGAGCACGUGCCAGGUAGCCGGGCGUACACCUGAGUCUCUGCCCCACUCCUCUGGCACAGGUUACUCAACCUCCCUGAGUCUCAGCCGCCCCAUGUGUAACGUGGGCUCGCGACGCCUACCUCACGGGACUGUCUUGAGAACAGACGUGUGCAGUAGACAGUCAGCAAGUCCUGCUACUCCAACCCCUGGCCGUCCAGCCCUGGCCUCUGGCUAGGGGCCAGGAAGGGCUGUUUGUUCCCACUGUUCCUUUCCCAUUUUCCUCCUCUUCAGCCCCAGCCCAGAAUCCCACAGCCUGACUCUGGUUCCCCAACCCCUCGUUCUGGAUGCUGGGUGGGGCCCCGGCACUCAGGGACCUUCCCAGCCCCCAAGUGGCUGCACUAUCUCUCCUGGGGGCAGAGGGGCAGACGGCAGUUUCUUGUUCAACCUCAGGGAUGGGUUUUCCUCUACCCUGGGCUUCCUUGGACCUAGAAGGGAACAGCUGGGAUAAACCCAGCCCCUCGCCCGCCUCCUGGCCUUCCCUGGGGCGAGAGAUGGGAAUGGCGGCCACUUGGGCCAGCAGAGGUAAAGAGGAGCUGUCCCUGGUGGUGGGGCCACCAAGCAGGUGGAUGUACCCUGGCACAGGGGCCUUGUUUUGGGGGCCGGGGGUGGAGGAACUUUUGGUCCCUAAAGUUUACCUGCCAGAGGUCCCUUUCUAGCCUGAGGUUUUCUAAAGCUUCCGGUUCCCCAAUUUCUAUCAACCCAAGCUCCCGGGGUCCUCCACCCGCAGCCUGGCGCUCUCCUUGGUGCUGACUAGACUCAACUCCAGCCCUGGCGGCUGGCUGCAGAGGGGCCAUGGUGCUUGCUGGGGCUUCCCCUGUCCCCCAAGACCAGCCGAGGGGACUGUCAAUAAACACUAGCUGAAGGCUGUGGCUGUGGUGUGGACUGGAUUCGAUCGAGGGGCCACUUGGGGUUUGAGAAGCAGCUGGUGUAGUGGGAAGAGACCUGGGUGUAGGUGUCCUGGGUUCUGGUCCACACUCUGCCCCUAAUUGCUUUGGGAUCCCAGAAAAAAUCAUUUCCUCUUUCAGAGCCUCAGUUCUCCAUGUGUGCCAUGAGCAGUUUGGAUUAACAGCAGCAGGAGCUCUAUAAAUAUUUGUUGAAUGAACAAAUACACAUACACCUA